AUGUCUGUCAGCCGUCCGUCAAGUGAUGGCGGAAUCUGUUCCCGCUAUUUCCGAAGCGUCACUCUCCCAAUAUUUAUUCAUACCCUAAUCAAGACUGGGUGUAGUCUUUUUCUUUCCCCCCUCUCUCCUCCCUCUCCUCGAGAGCUGCUUUUUCACACCCCUCUCUCUCUCUCCCGCUUUUUUCUUCCUCUCUUCACACUCUCUUACACUUUGAGCCCAUUACAUUCUUUUACGAUCUUUAUUCAUUGUCCCUUUUCUCUCUCCUACAUCGCUAUUUCUUCAUCAGUCUCUCUCUCUUUCUCUCUCUCUCUCUCUUUUCUUUCUCUCUCUCACACACACACACACAGGCACACUCACAAUCUGGGCCUAUCACAUUCUUUUAUGAUAUUUAUAUAUUGUCCCUUUUCUCUACCCAUGUACGCUCUUUCUUUCUUUCUUUCUUUCUUUUUUUCUUUGACUGCCUAUCACACUCUUUCACAAAAUCUAUAUUUUGUCCCUUUUCUCCCCUCCUCUCCCUCUCUCUCUCUCUCUCUCUACACUCUGAGUCAAUCACACUCUUUUAUUAAUAUUUUAUCCUUUUUUCUCUCUCUCCCUCCUCCUCCUCCCUCCUCUCUCUCUCUCUCUCUCUCUCUCUCUCCGGACCUAUCAUACUCUUUUGAUAUUUAUAUUUAUUCUUUCUUUUUCUUCUCACUCUUUUACACUCUGGGCCUAACUCACUCUUUUAUGAUAUUUAUGUUUCGUCCUUUUUCUUACACACUCUUUCUUUCUUUCUUUCCUUCUUUCUUUCUUUCUUUCUUUCUUUCUUUCUUACACUCUGGGGCUAUUACAAUAUUUAUAUUUUCACCCUUUUCUCACUCCUCCUCUUCUCUCUCUCUCUUCUCACAUACUGGGCCUACCACUCUCUUUACGAUAUUUAUCUUCUAUCCCUCUCCACUUUCUCUCUUUUCUUCCCAUUGUCUCAGCGACUUUCUUCUCUGA